CAAUAAACAAUGAGGCUUAGCAGAGCGAAGAGGCCGCGGGAGCGUACACUCGAAAUGAAUAGGACUUUCACGAAUUUCAUCACAUUAUUACUGUUUUUGGUGUUCGCGUCCGCGUUUUACCUCGUCGUGUCAUUCCAGCCGAUGUCCAAAGAGGAACACGUGGAGAACUUCAACAAAAUGAACGAGGAGGUGGAGCCGUUCAGGAAGAAUUUGACGGAGUGCGCCCGGCAGGUCAAAGCUUCGAUGCUGGACGUCGAGCACUUUCUGAAGCGGCUACCGCAGUCGACCGCGCAGGGGAAAUGCUUCGUCGCUUGCAUUCUGAAGCGGAAUGCGAUCAUAAAACGCAAUAAGAUUGAUGCAAACGCCCUUCUGGAAGUAAAUAAAGCAGUUUACGGGGAAGAUAGCGAGGUGCUCUCGCGGUUAAAAGCUGCUAUAGGCGAGUGCAGUGGCGCGGUUGAGGGCAUUUUCGAGAUAUGCGAGUAUGCGUCGGUCUUCAACGACUGCAUGCACAUAAAGAUGGAGCACAUACUGGACAAACUGACGAUGGAGAGGCGCAUGGAGGCGCUCGGGCAGAUGACCUCCAACCCUGACGAGUGGACGGACGAGGACGACGAAAUACUUAAAUUGGUGAAAGACGAACUUUAGUUGGAACGUGUUGCUUUGUGUGAUUAAAAUAACAAAGGAUGUGCUUUA